CGGUCGCCAUCCAGAUCGUACGACGUACCUACGCCGCCGUCCUUAUCAAGUAUUCCCGAUUCCGAUAUUCGCAACUGCAGUGCUGCUGCGUCGUUCCAGCCGUACGUAUUGUUUCACAGUAUAAUAUAAUAUCACAAGAUAUAAACAUCAAACUAUUCAAUAUCAUCGAACCGAGGAUAGGUGAAAUAGUAGUGCGUGGCCGACGACAACAGCAAUCGAUAUAAUAGUAUAAAAUAAGACGCAUUGUCUCAUCCAAACGGCCGUGUAGUACUUGUUUGUUCCGAUAUCUACGCCAAGAACAAACGAGUUCCAAAGCGUCUGAGUCUAAGAUGGCUUCUUCACAGUACUCAUAUAUAUUCAAGUAUAUCAUAGUCGGUGACAUGGGUGUCGGUAAAUCGUGUUUACUGCACCAAUUCACCGAGCAAAAGUUUACUGCUGAUUGCCCACACACGAUUGGUGUAGAAUUUGGAACAAGAAUCAUUGAAGUAUCGGGGAAAAAAAUUAAACUUCAAAUCUGGGACACAGCAGGACAAGAACGUUUCCGAGCAGUUACAAGAUCGUACUAUCGUGGAGCAGCUGGAGCAUUGAUGGUAUAUGACAUAACGAGACGUUCUUCUUAUAAUCAUUUGAGUAGUUGGUUAUCUGAUACACGCAAUCUUACAAAUCCGGGAACUGUGAUUUAUUUAAUUGGGAACAAGUUGGAUAUGGAAAGUAAUCGAGAUGUGUCCUACGAAGAAGCCAAGCAAUUUGCUGAUGAAAAUGGAUUAAUGUUUUUGGAAGCAAGUGCCAAAACCGGAGAGUAUGUUGAAGAUGCUUUCCUUAAAACUGCUCAGAUAAUUUAUGAAUGCAUUCAAGAUGGAAGACUAGACUUGAAUGCUGCUGAUUCUGGGGUACAACAGAAAAUCCUUCAAUGUGAAACCAAUCCAAAUGUGGAAAAAGAUAAAUCUUGUAUGCAAUGUUAAGCAAAAUAUUGUAGGAUGGAAUCUUUUAAUUCUAUAUUAUUUUAUUAUAUGUGCUAUUUUUUCUGUCUUAUAUUAUUA